AUGGACUUCCAAAACAAACCACAAUUCCCACUUCUUCUUGUCUUUGUCUUUCUUUUAUCCGUUUCACCGUCUGUUUUGGCCCAAUACUCUCCUCGCUAUGCCUGUGACACCGAUAAAAAUCCAAGCUUGAAGAGUUAUGCCUUCUGUAAUGCUUCACUGGAUUUUAAAACGAGGGUAAAUGAUUUGGUGAAGAGAAUGUCAUUGCAAGAAAAGGCUGGAAGCUUAGUGAGUGUAGCCGACAGCAUCAACCGCCUUGGGAUACCAUCCUAUGGGUGGUGGUCGGAGGCUUUGCAUGGCGUUUCUGAUACUGGACCUGCGACUUGGUUCAAUAAGACUAUAAUCCCCGGAGCCACUAGUUAUCCUCAAGUCAUCCUCACUGCAGCCUCGUUUAAUGAAUCUCUAUUCAACAUCCUUGGAAAGGUGAUUUCGACAGAAGCCAGAGCAAUGUACAACACUGGUGUAUCAGGACUAACAUUUUGGUCACCAAAUGUAAACAUCUUCCGAGACCCCAGAUGGGGAAGAGGACAGGAAACGCCAGGAGAAGAUCCACUCUUAUCCAGUAGAUUUGGAGUGGCUUUCGUUAAAGGUCUACAAGAAAGAGAGGAUGGCGACAAAGAUCGACUCAAGAUCGGAGCUUGCUGUAAACACUACACUGCCUAUGAUCUUGAUAAUUGGACUAGCGUGGAUCGAUUCCAUUUCAAUGCCAUUGUAACAAAGCAAGAUUUGGAGGAUACUUAUAACCCUCCAUUCAAAAGUUGUGUUUUGGAUGGAAAUGUUGCAAGUAUUAUGUGUUCUUUCAACCAAGUUAAUGGGAUACCAACUUGUGGUGAUAGGGAACUUUUGGAAGAGACAGUCCGGGGUGAAUGGAAAUUAAAUGGAUACAUUAGUUCCGAUUGUGAUUCAUUACAAGUCAUGUUCAAAGACCAGCAUUGGGCUAAAACACCCGAGGAAGUUACAGCUGAUGCGUUACAAGCAGGGUUGGACCUCAAUUGUGGGGAUUCACUAAAGAAGUUCACAGAAAAUGCGGUAAAAGAGGGUCUCGUGAAAGAAUCGGUGGUGGAUAGGGCUGUUACGAACAACUUCGCAACACUUAUGAGGCUCGGGUUCUUUGAUGGUCACCCAAGCAAGCAAAUGUAUGGAAAUUUGGGAAAGAAAGACGUAUGCACCAAGGAUAACCAGGACCUAGCCCGUGAAACGGCUAGACAAGGCAUUGUUUUGCUUAAGAAUAGUUUAGGAUCGUUGCCACUCCUUCCAACAUACAUCAAGUCUCUAGCAGUAAUCGGGCCUAAUGCAAACGCCACAAAAGCCAUGAUUGGAAACUAUGCAGGGAUUCCAUGCAAAUACACAACUCCUUUAGAAGCUUUAUCAGAAUCAGUCCAAACAGUGUACGAGGCAGGCUGUGCCAAUGUGUUGUGUAACUCUACCGACAAAUUCGAGAAGGCCAAGAACGUAGCGGCUGCUGCUGACGCCGUGGUUCUAGUCAUGGGAACGGAUCUUACCGUAGAAGCCGAAGCUCUAGAUAGGACAGAAAUAGAUCUUCCCGGCGAGCAAAACCUUCUUAUUUCUGAAGUCGCAUACGUAGCUAGAGGACCGGUGAUUCUUGUUAUAAUGUCCGGAGGUGGAAUGGAUGUUAGUUUCUCGAAAUGUAACCCCAAGGUGACCAGCAUUUUGUGGGUAGGGUUUCCUGGCCAAGAAGGUGGAGCUGCCAUGGCUGAUGUCAUUUUCGGUCGUUACAAUCCAAGUGGAAGACUACCUAUGACAUGGUAUCCACGAUCUUAUACAAAGACAGUUCCCAUGAACGACAUGAACAUGAGACCAGACCCAACCACAGGCCAUCCAGGUCGAAGCUAUCGGUUCUAUAGAGGUGAAACUGUUUACCCUUUCGGGUAUGGACUCAGCUACUCAUUAUACAUCCAUCGCCUCAUUAAAGCACCCAAGCUUGUAUCAAUCCCACUGAAUAAAGCUCACGGUUGCUCAUCAUCUUCUUGCACAUCAUUUGAUGCAUCCGGUGAUAUUUGUGAUGGUUUAUCAUUAGACAUUGAUGUGAUGGUAACGAAUAUCGGAAAGAUGGGUGGGAGCCACACCAUCUUGUUGUUCUCUUACCCUCCUCAGGUGAUCUAUAAUUCACCCACCAAACAGUUGUUAGAUUUCAAGAGAGUGCAGUUGGGGCCAUGGGAGAGAACUUCAAUUAGCUUCAAGAUCGACGUUUGCAAGCAAUUGAGUGUGGUUGAUAAAGAUGGUAAUAGGAAGGUUGGAUUAGGGCGCCAUGUUCUUCAAAUUGGAGAUAUCCAACACUCCGUUAGUCUCAAGAUUUGA